CCGUCGUGUUGAUCCGAAAAUUGAAAACGAGUCCAGAGUAGAUUUCUCCACCCUUAGCGGAAAAACUUCCCAUUUCCCGUGCAAAUUUUCACACAAAAUCCAACCCAAACCGGGAGCAGAGGAUUACCGCAGCCCGUUGGAUUCCUGGAAGAGUGCGGGAAUUUCGCCACGGAUCGAUUGAGGUGAUAUUUUCCGCGAUUUUAAAUCCGCAUUAGAUCCCCGUUCCUGUGAGCUCAACAAAGACUGAUUCAUUCAUAUUGCGAAGAAGCGAACCGAAAGUGCCAGAACGGGACGGAUGCAUACGGGGGAGUCUAAGCGGCCAUAGGAGCGGGAGUAGGAAGGACGAUAGAAAACGGAGAUCCGAAAGAGGUGUCUUCUCCGGUAAUAAGGCGUAAGGCAACUCUGUAACUUACAUGGUGUAUGUAGGUAUACACAUCGCGGAGGCAAAAAGGUCUGUUAGUACUGCAGUGUAAGGAAAGAAACGGACGAGUGAGAGAGGUCAAGGGAAAACAAAAUUGCCCUCUUCUUCCGCUCUCGCCGUACUUACCUCGUCCGAUGGGUGUUGUUUCAUCGUCGAUGUGAAUGGUCACAUAUUAUUGGGAAGGUGCUUUUCGGAAGUGUGCCAGUGUGUGUUGGUGCGAAAUCAGUGAAAGCAUCCUCAUUAAAGGAAUUAUUUUCGAGAUUCCAGCAGUACUGUUAAAAGUCUUUUUCGGUCUACGAGAAUGUUGUAAAUUUAACCAUGACUAGCUGAGUGAGUUGCGAGAUUUACGGGAAGAAAGCUGUAGCAUGCAGUAGAUAGUGAGUAGCUAUCUGCUGCAGUUGAAGGCCUUUGUGAUAGUCGAUUUAUCAGUAUUCUAAAAAACAACAAAAGACAUAAUCAGAAAGAAGGAACCAGAGAGAGGCUAUACUAGUAUCGAUUUUCCCAGCACACCAGGAAUCAUGUCCAAUCACAUCCAUUCGCAAGCAGCUUCCGAUGCAGCGUUGAUAGCACGAAUGCAUCAGAUGAGACUGGAUGCCGAUGGCUCCGGAUCAGGCCAACCAAGGAUGGUACCUCCCCCACAGUCGAUGAUGCUGGACGGUAUGUCCAGAGGCGGUCAACAACAUCUUACGCAAAUGCAGAUGGAGAGCCACUAUGUCCCCGUGUCGACUGCAAUCGGGCCCAGUAAUGUUGUGAUAAUGAACGAUCCCCGUAUGUAUCAAGGGCAGAUGAUGGCUGCGACAGCUGGUCGAAUGCCUGGAGACAUUGCGCAUGUGGGAUACUAUCGAGUUAGCAAUAGCCCCACCCAUUCGCUCGGAGGUUCAUCCCAUCAUUCCGGUGGCGGCAGUCCACGGGCCAGUGGACAACUGCAACAACCACCACAGUACUAUGAUCCUCGCUACCAAGCCGUAUACGAGAAUAUAGACUACUACCCCCCUGCUCAACCACAACAGAUAGACACUCUGAUGUACGAGAGAAAAUUUGAAUCGAACAAUGUCAAAGCUCAACCACAGGUCCCGGUCGGAUCUGGGAUGGCACAUCUAGCGUCCAAUGGAAGUGCUUGUCGCUAUGCUCACACUCCUCAACCGCCAGAAAUGCAUGAACAACUUCCCAUCUACGAGAACCUCCAAACGGCAACCGGUCAACAGGCACAACCUCAAGCAACCAAGGCUUCCGCACAAAUCUACUACCAUCGGAAUGACACCAGCAGUCCACAGGUUCCUCACCAUCCACAGUAUCAUGCAGCAGAGCUACCCAUCUACGAAUCGACUGUCGUUAAUCCCAGUGCGAACUCCAGGUACGUUUCCGCAGGACAAGGACCACCCACCGGAACGUACCACCACUCACCGAGCAACAGUAAUAUUUCACUCAAAAUGCCCCAACAACCACAGCCCGUUCACUUGCCCAAUGUCAAAUAUCAAGCCACUGGUGUUCCGGUCGCUGCAGCUAUUCCCAACGACUACCAAACUUCACCGAACCACGCCACAGCGCCCUCACUGCCACCAAAAUCAGCCGAUGCCAUCAAGUACCAACAGGGCAAAGCUAACUCCCCAUCACGUAGCAGCUCUAUAUCGGGUUCCAGCUCGCUGAGCAAAUCCUUCAUCGAAGACAUCAACGGUUCCGACUACGUCUGCAUGACCGGCGGAAGCAAAUACCAACACCAACAGCAGUAUUCCACUUCCGGUCAAGCCCAGCAGCAGCAGCACUACUCCGUUAAGCCACCUACGACGACAGUAUCCGGAUCAAUGGCUAUCACACCACCCGGCACGAGUGCCGAGCGACAGCAAACCGGUAGACCUUCCCCCGGUCCUCCUCCGACAACCACGGCGGCACAAGGCAAUAGCAAACCCAACAGUGCACAAAGUUCCUUCUCCGGACUACCGACGACGACGCAAAGUCGAGCCCCAUCAGCGGUGUCACCGACACCGUCGCAGCUCAGCACCGGAAGCGGCUCUGGGAAACGUCUGACAAAGAACCUACUGCCGUACAACGUAACACCACCGCGACCUACCGGACCGACCGAAGCGGAGCGGAAAAUCGAGGAGCUUACUCGGCAGUUGGAGGAGGAGAUGGAGAAGAACGAAGAGCAGGGAGAGUAUUUCGGCAUCUGCCACACCUGCAAGGAGAAGGUAACCGGAGCAGGAGCGGCCUGUCAAGCCAUGGGUAACCUGUAUCACACCAACUGUUUCAUCUGCUGUUCAUGCGGACGCGCACUACGGGGAAAGGCCUUCUACAACGUGCAUGGCCGAGUCUACUGCGAGGAGGACUACAUGUACUCCGGGUUCCAACAGACGGCGGAAAAGUGUGCAAUCUGCGGGCAUCUCAUCAUGGAAAUGAUCCUGCAGGCGAUGGGAAAAUCCUACCACCCGGGCUGUUUCCGGUGCUGCGUUUGCAACGAAUGCCUCGACGGGGUACCGUUCACAGUGGACGUGGAUAACAAGAUCUACUGCGUCAACGAUUAUCACAGCAUGUUUGCGCCAAAAUGUGCCAGCUGUGGAAAAGGAAUCACCCCGGUGGAAGGAACCGAGGAAACGGUUCGGGUAGUCGCCAUGGACAAAGACUUCCACGUCGAUUGCUACAUCUGCGAGGAGUGCGGAAUGCAGCUGACCGACGAACCGGACAAGCGAUGCUAUCCAUACGAGGGCAGACUGAUGUGUCGUUCGUGUCACAUACAGAAAAUUUCCCUGCAGGACAUGCACGGCCGGAUCGUGGAACCAGUUUGCGCCACGUAUCAGUACAUGGCAUAAAUAGCUAAUUAUCUAAACAAGCUAAGCUAACCGUAGUGGACAAACUAUAGCAUUUUAACCGCUGGCUGGAAACUUAUCGAAAAACCGAUGCGCAACAAAUAUUAUCCCAUUUACUGAAGGAUGUGAGAAUUGCAUUUAAAAUUUUAGGAAA